UUCAUUCUUCAGUUUUUAACUCAAACAACUAAUGUUAAAACGUCAAAUUUCAGAAGACAAUAUGACAUAAGUUAGUAGUUGCAAACAAUUAAUGAACUAAAUAGGUAACAAUUAUUUUGCUUUAGUGUUUAAGUAUUAAAUUUAAAGUCUUUUUUCAACUGAUAAUGCAAUAAGACUCAAAGCUAUGUCGGAAACUAAAGAGUUGAAUUUUCCACGAUAUGCCCAUGUAGAAGGGCACACCGAUGUAUGUUACUCAGAAGAUGGAAAAUAUUUGAUUACGUGUGGUCAAGAUGGAGAUAUAAGAAUAUGGGAUGGUAUUGAUGAUGGUGAUCCUACUGAAAAAUGUGUUGGUAGUGAAGCAUUUGCCGUACACCAAUCAGGAGAUAUGUUAUAUGUUGGUGAUGAUCAUCACACACUUCAAGUUUACACAUUUCCAAAAGCAGAGUUAAUAGAUACAUUAACUCGAUUUACUGCUUCAGUCUGUUGUUUAGAUUCAUCUAAAGAUGGCAAACUAAUUGCUGCUGGUGGAUGUGAUUCAUCUAUUCAAGUUGUGAAUAAAGAUACUAAAAUUGUAUUGAAUUUUGAUGGUCAUAAAAGUCCAAUUUUAUCUAUUAAAUUUGAUCCAUUGUCUGAUUUUUUGGUGUCAUCAAGUUGCGAUGGAACUGUAAAAGUAUGGAGUAUAGAAAAAAAAUCUGUUAUAAAAGAAUGGACUAAUGUUAUUCCAGUUAGCAAUGCAUUUCAGCAUUCUAAGAUUAAAUGUACUCCAGCAUGGGAUCCUAUAGAUGGAAAUUUAUUAGCUAUACCUUUUGGAAAAGAAAUAAAAUUUUUCCAAAGAGGUUUGUGGAGAGAACUUUACACAGUGCACGAUUAUCGAUUAUCUGAACAAGAUAUCACUGUCAUGAGUUGGUCAAAAUGUGGUAGAUAUAUAGCUGCUGGGACAAACACUGGAUUUAUUUUCGUGUGGAACAUAUCAUCUCAAGUAAUUGUAUUACAUGCAAAGUGUAAAGAACGAUAUUCUAUAAGAAGUUUAGUCUGGUGUCCUAAAAAUGAUGAAUACACUUUAGCCUAUUGUGAUGAUCAUGGCCAAUUAGGUUUGGUCGAAAACGCUAAUUCAGAUGAUUUUGCUAUAGAUUCAACUAAUGAUGAUCAAAACAUAUUAAUGACAGAUGAAGAGUCUGGCGAUAAUGUUAUAUCAUUAGAGCAAAUAAAAUAUGAAGCUGAAGUUGAACUUAGUAAACAAAGAGGUUUAUCUUUAAAUAAUGUCGAUGGCUUAGAAAUUGAUGACGAUAACAGCAAUUUGUCUUCUAAAUAUAUUCCUCCUACUGCUAGUUUUACUGUCGAUAUACAAAGUCCAUUUCAACCUUGUUCAACACCUGUUCAUCUACAAAGGCGCUUUAUGGUUUUUAAUGAUGUUGGAUAUGCACGACAAACUAACACUGUUGAUGAAAAUGUAAUUGAUGUUGAUUUUCAUGAUAACACUAUCCAUCAUGCUUUUCGUAUCAAAAAUGUCUUAGGGCAUACUAUUGCUGCUCUGUGUCAAGAAGCAUUAGUAUUAGGUUGUGAAUCUCAAGAUACUACACCUAGCAAAUUGGUUUGUGUACUAUUGAAUUCAUGGGAUGGUAAACGUGAAUGGACUGUUGAUUUACCCAAUGAAGAUGAUAUAUGUGGUUUAGCAGUUACUGCUGAUUGGAUUGCAGUAGCUUCAGUAUCACGUCUAAUAAGAUUAUUUACUCUUGGUGGUGGUCAAAGGGAGAUCAUAUCUAUACCUGGGCCUAUAGUAGCUAUUAAUGGAUGUAGAGACCGUUUAGUUGUUGUGCAUCAUUGUGGUGCCCCUAUACCCGGUGAACAAAAUUUACGAUACUGUGUGUACAAAAUUGAUAAUCGCGUUGAAGCCAUUUGUUCUGGAUAUGUUCCAUUGUUCCCAAAAUCAACUCUUAGAUGGGUUGGUUUUUCUGAUUAUGGAUCUUUGAGUAUUCUAGAUUCUGCCGGAACCCUGCGAAUGUUAAUUAAAUCUUAUUGGAGUCCCUUAUGUUGUGUAGAUAAUACGUGGAAUGACACUACAAACCAUUAUUUUGUUAUUGGAGUCAAUGAAGCACGUCAAGAUAUAAGAUGUAUUCUUUGUAAAGGUUCUUAUUAUCCUUCAACAACACCUCAUCCUUUUUUGAAUGAAAUACCAUGGCAGAUUCCAUUAUGUGAUCUUAAUCAAGAAAAAGGUGAAUUAGAAGAAAAAUUUUGGAGAUCCAAUAUAGCUUUAUCAAUUUUACCCGAAGAAGAUGGAUUACAAUAUGAUAAAGAAUUAAAAACAACAUUCUUAAAACUGUUUGCUAUGGCAUGUAAGAGUGGUCAUGAUAUGAGAGCAUUAGAGCUUUGUAAACUUAUAAGAUCGGAGCAAUAUUUAAAUUUAGCCCUAAAGUAUACUAUGCGAGUUGGGAACAGUAGUUUAGCAACAAAAAUUACAACAAUCAUAGAAAAUGAAACAAAUAUAGAUGACGAACCAAAACUAAAACCAGUAACAUAUUCAGAAUUAUUUGAUGGUCCAUCAACUUCAUAUAACAAGAGUACAAACUGUAUUUCACAACAAUCGCAAGAUUUAUUUUCAGAAAAAUAUAGUUCAAAUGAUAGUGAAGAUAUUAACAAAGAAUCAUCAAGUAUUUUGUCAGUUUUAAAAAAGAAACAAGAAUCUGAACUGAUGAAUGAGUCCAACGACAUAGAUAGAGCUUUUAAUCCAUUUAAAAAAAAAAAUGGCGAACAAGCUAAUAUUUCAAUGGGUACUCUUUCUCCAUUAGAUCAAACAAUUGAACCUUCAAGUGAUAAUAAAAGAAAAUCUGAUUUAGAUGACAGCUAUGAAAAUAUGAAUUCAACAAACAAAUCAAAAAAACCCAAAGGAGUUUCAAAGCUAUCAUCUUUUAUUUUUAAAAAAUAAUUUUAUACUUUAAUAACUUCAUAAUUUUUAGUUUUUAUAAUUUUUACUUCUAAA